CCUGUCCCUGUUCCAGUCCCUGUCCCUGUUCCUGUCCCAGUCCCUUUCCCUGUCCCUGUCCCUGUUCCUGUCCCUGUCCCUGUUCCAGUCCCUGUCCCUGUCCCUGUCCCUGUCCCAGUUCCUGUCCCUGUUCCUGUCCCUGUUCCUGUCCCUGUCCCUGUUCCUGUCCCUGUCCCUGUUCCAGUCCCUGUCCCUGUUCCUGUCCCAGUCCCUGUCCCUGUCCCAGUCCCUGUCCCUGUCGCAGUCCCUGUCCCUUUCCCUUUCCCUGUCCCAGUCCCUUUCCCUGUCCCUGUCCCUGUCCCUUUCCGUGUCCCUGUCCCUGUCCCUGUCCCUUUCCCUGUCCCUGUUCCUGCCCCUGUCCCUGUCCCAGUCCCUGUCCCUGUUCCUGUCCCUGUUCCUGUCCCUGUCCCUGUCCCUGUCCCUGUCCCUGUUCCAGUCCCUGUCCCUGUUCCUGUCCCUGUUCCUGUCCAUGUCCCUGUUCCUGUCCCUGUCCCUGUUCCAGUCCCUGUCCCUGUCCCUGUCCCUGUUCCAGUCCCUGUCCCUGUUCCUGUCCCUGUUCCUGUCCCUGUCCCUGUUCCUGUCCCUGUUCCUGUUCCUGUCCCUGUUCCUGUCCCUGUUCCUGUCCCUGUGGAGCAGGAGUCGUCUUACAGAUCUUACAAUCCAGAGCCCGACAUCUGGACUAGACUUGGAAGACAGGUCCCCUCCGCUCUGUCCGACCAGCGGACCGCCAACUGCCUGCGCAAGUCAGUGGACAGAGUUUCACAGGAAUCCUGGGAGUCCUGUGAGUCCUGGGAGUCCUGGGAGGCCUGGGAGUCCUGGGAGUCCUGGGAGUCCUGUGAGUCCUGGGAGUCCUGGGAGGCCUGGGAGUCCUGGGAGUCCUGGGAGUCCUGUGAGUCCUGGAAGUCCUGGGAGUCCUGUGAGUCCUGGGAGUCCUGGGAGUCCUGUGAGUCCUGGAAGUCCUGGGAGUCCUGUGAGUCCUGGGAGUCCUGGGAGGCCUGGGAGUCCUGGGAGUCCUAA